UCAGCACUCUGACAGAAACAUGGCGGUGCACAUAGCCAAGUGCCUGGCAGCUCAUGCCUGUUUUUUAUUAAUAUCUUUAAUAUUUGACUCUGCUUUUGCCGACAGCCCUGCCGGAGACAUGCCACACCGGCGCUUCGAGUACAAAUACAGUUUUAAAGGGCCGCAUCUGACUCAGAGUGAUGGAAGAAUCCCAUUCUGGGUUCAUACUGGGAAUGCCAUUCCAAGUUCGGAUCAGGUCCGAAUCACCCCCUCUUUGCGUAGUCAGAAGGGUUCAGUAUGGACAAAAUCUCCUAUAAAUUUUGAAAACUGGGAGGCUGAAGUUGUAUUCCGUGUGUCCGGACGAGGGCGGAUGGGAGCUGAUGGGCUGGCCAUAUGGUUCACGACUGUUCAAGGUUUGGAGGGCCCUGUGUAUGGGGCUGCCGAUCAGUGGAACGGCGUGGGAAUAUUCUUCGACUCAUUUGAUAAUGAUGGAAAGAAAAAUAACCCUGCUGUCCUGGUGGUGGGUAACAAUGGAGAACUUGUUUAUGAUCAUCAGAAUGAUGGGACAACCCAGUCCCUGGGUACAUGCCUUAGAGAUUUCAGGAACAAACCCUACCCUGUACGUGCCAAAAUCAUCUACUACAAGAAAACAUUAUCGGUUUUCAUCAAUAGCGGCUUCACUCCUGAUAAAGAUGACUAUGAGUUCUGCACCAAAAUUGAGAACAUGAUCAUUCCUGAUACUGGAUACUUUGGCAUUUCUGCAGCCACUGGGGGACUUGCAGAUGAUCAUGAUGUGCUGUCAUUUUUUCUGUUCAGACUUACAGAGCCUGGGCAGGAUCUGCCUCCCCAUGAAAAAGAGAUUCCCAAAGAGGAGAAGGACAAGUACCAGGAGGAAUUUGAAAAUUUCCAACAAGAUCUGGACAAAAGGAAAGAGGAGUUUCAGAAAGAGCACCCUGAUGUUCAGGGGCAGCCCAUUGAGGACCUGUAUGAGAGCGUGAAUGACCGGGAGAUCCGGCAGGUGUUUGAGGGCCAGAAUCAGAUCCAUCUGGAAAUCAAGCAGUUGAAUCGGCAACUGGCCAUGAUUCUUGACGAACAACGCCGUUAUGUGUCCGUCCUCACAGAAGAGAUCUCCAAACGUGCAUCGCAACCACAGUCAGGACAGGCUCCCAGUCAUGAAAUGGACACGAUUAUCAACACGCAACAGGAGGUUUUGAGAAACCUUAAUGAAGUAAGAAAUUCGUUGGCAGGCUCGCUGAAGCAGUUAGCAGUGGGUCAACAGGAGGUUAACACAGGUGGCCUGGGAUCAUACGAGACAGUCCAGCACUUCAAUGACAUCAAAGAGCAUUUACACACAGUCAAGAGGAACAUCGAACAUAUCAUUCAGAAAAAUGUGAAUCCUGCAGAGAAGAUGAAAUGUCCUGAACUUCCUCCUCCACCCAGCUGCCUCUCCACCACACACUUUAUGAUCUUUAUCGUCAUUCAGUCCCUCAUCUUCUUCGGCUAUGUAAUGUACAAGAGUCAACAGGAAGCUGCAGCUAAGAAGUUCUUUUGAUGAAGCAGAAAUCUUGGUAAUCACAGCACAACAUGUACUUGAGGAAUUGUCAAUUUUUGUUAAUUUCCAGUUUGUUUGUUUUUCUGUUUGCAAACUGUAAAUUUUGAUGCUGGAAAAGUAUUUUGUUUGAGGAUUUUUUUAAUUUUAUUUUUUUAUCAUCGUUGUACAGGGUUUGAAUGGCUGCUCUUUUUCCAGUUGUGUGUGACAUUUUCAGAAAAAGAUUCCCAAAUAUGAUUUAAUAUAUUCCUUAGAUGCCUAACAUUGUAUUUACAUUUAAAUAUCAGUCCAAGGAUCAUUUAAAAAAAAAAAACUCAAUCCCUGUCCCCAGGCAUGUUCUGAACUGUGGUAAAAGUUGCUGCAAUAUCAUAAAGCAUAUGAACACAAUUCCUUUGGGACAAGCUUCACAAGAAGGCUGUUUUUUAUUAUUAUUAUUAUUAUUAUUCUUACAAAAGUGUUAAAGCCUAAUUGUACUGGUGGAAACAAGCACCCCAAAGGUGAAUGUGUUUUGAAUCAAAAACAUGGGAAAUAUGUUUUUCUUCUCAAACUAUUUACAUUAAAAAAAAAAACUAUUUGAAUGACCUUUGUGUUGCCUCUUUCUGCCAACUUACCAAAACAUUUUGUAAAAAUGUUCACCAUAGGGGCUGUUCAGGCAGAACAUAUUCUCAGGUUAAAAAAAGCUAGAUGCAGCAGAAUGAAUGGAACAGAAUGCGGGUGUCUCGAGGCAUACUUUUUAAACUUAACAUGGCAUCUUAAAGGGAUAGUUCACCCAAAAAUGAAAAUUCUCUCAUAAUGUACUCACCCUCAUGCCAUCCAAGAAAGUGUAUUGCUUUCUUCAGCUGAACACAAAGAUUUUUAGAAGAAUAUAUCCACUCUGUAAGUCCAUACAAUGCAAGUGACUGAUGGCCAGAACUUUAAAAGUCCAGAUCAAUAUUGUAGUCCUUUUUAUCUAUAAAUCUCCACCUUCACCUUCACAUGCUUCUUUGUUUUUGCCUAUUCACAUUUUUGUGCAUAUCGCCACCUAUUGGGCAGGGAGGAGAUCUGUUUUCACCCACACCUAUCAUAUGACUUCUGAAGACAUGGAUUUAUCCACUGGAGUCGUAUUCAUAUCUUUACCGCUGCCUUUAUGUGCUUUAAGUUCUGGCCACCAAUUAAUUUGUAUUGUAUUGUAUGAACCUUCAGAGCGGAGAUAUUCUUCUAAAAAUGUUUUUGUGUUCAGCAGAAGAAAGAAAGUCAUACACAUCUGCGAUGGCAUGAGGGUGAGUAAAUGAUGAGAGAAUUUGGGUGAAAUAUCCCUUUAAAUGUAGUGCUCAUGUGAAAGAUGAUGCCACCGUUGCUACAACCCCAUCACGAUUGGUGUACUUUUUAUUUGAGUUGAUAAGUAUAUUCUAGUAUAACUCUUGUGUCUUGUAAAAAAUUGCACAUUAUAAUUGGAAAAUAAUAUUAAUAACACGUAACAUUGAUCUUAAAACAUGUUUUGUGCCAACCUUGUUACGGUCAAAAUGUGCAAAAAUAUCUAAUGUCAUUGCACUGGUAAUGCAUUUCUACAGACACUUUUCUUGUGUUCAUAAUUCACAUAAAAGGCACAUUAAUAUGUAAUA